UCUCUGGCAUCGACUGGACGGCCUGGUACUGCACAGCUUGGCGCUACUUCACACCUUCUGUUUGCUCAGGUUCAUCCUCCUUUCGGUAAAAAGAGAAAAGCUUCGGUGCAACAAUGUCUGAGGAGGUUGAAGGAACAAGGACCCCGGAAGAGCAGCAGGAGAUGGACGACACCGUGACCAGCCCGGAGAAGGCGGAGGAGGCCAAGCUGAAGGCCCGGUACCCGCACCUGGGGGCCAAGCCGGGGGGCUCCGACCUGCUCAGGAAGAGGCUGACGAAGGGGCAAAAGUAUUUCGACUCUGGUGACUACAACAUGGCUCAGGCCAAAAAGAAGAAUAAGCAGUUGCCUUCAGCCCCAACGGAGAAGACCGAGAUCACGGGGGGACACAUCCCAACACCUCAGGACCUGCCUCAAAGAAAGACUUCCAUUGUGGCCAGCAAGCUGGCCGGUUGACGGUUCCCGGUCACUGUUUAGCUAUCAUUCCACUGCCCACUUGACAUUUACCUGCUGUUUACAUCUUAUUUUUUGCUUUGUAUGUAUUCUCUAACAUGGUAUGUACUAAAAUGAAAACUCGAGAACAACUGUUAGGAGCUGAUUUGUCUGAUAAAUCCAUUUAUAGCUGAAAAUUUAUUUCAAGAUUUUGAGGACUGAAUUGUUUUUGAAGUCUGAACAUAAUAUCACACACAUUUUCAUCAUUUCAUGUGAAACGUUCACAUUUAAGGACCUGCCUCCAUAGAAAUUGUCAGUGGAACAGCAUAUACAGGGGUUCUGUUUUCACCAGGAAACAGGACUCUGUUGAUAAUUGAGGAAAAAAACGACGGCAGAUGGACUAAAUACCAGGCACUGUUAAUGUAUGUUAAAAAUAGAAAUACAGUUAUCAGCUUUUCUUGAAACGGUUUCGGUGUUCACCUGCUCAAAUGGAGGCAAGUCUGUUUUAAAUAGUGAAAUGUGAAGCAAUCUUACUUGAUUUCUUUUUUCUCAUCUACUCUUCUGGCUGUGAGAUUUAAUCUAACUUUGUGCUUUGAAAGUACUAAAAACUGGAUGAUACAUAGCUUUGUUCCCUGUUGCGUUAACCUGAGUUUGCAAUGACUUGCUGCUGUUCUUCACAUCCUUCUGACCUCCUAGGAUAACCUUAAAAGUAACAAACCAUCGUUCCUCUUGAGCAAUAUUUGCUCCAUCACUGAGAAUGUUGGUUGUGAAUUUUGCCUGAAAUGUUUUUCUCUGUCCGACUGGAAUUACCGAGGAUUUUAUGAGAAGAAACCCACCACACGUCUGGAGUGUGCAUGUGCAUUUACUGUGCAGGAACACUGUGCCAUUUGUUUUGUAAAUAAAAUAGUUUUUCAUAAUA